UUUUCGGCUCAAGCGAAAUUUGUGGAUCAAGUUCUAGUCCUUCUCCAUUUCACCUUUUUCAUCCUUCCCCUAUGGGAUCGAAGACUUCGCUUUUCUUCUGCCACGAUGACCAGAAGUAUGCCGGAGAGACCGCAGAGAUGAGGGAUGGACCUCUUAGAACCUGCGAGUACCUCAAAUCGCAGCUUGAAAAAUAUAUGACUGGCACUGUCCAGUAUGUGAGCUUCCCCAAAAGCAACAUUAGAGACCUGGACUGGUUGGCCGAUGCCCUGAAGAACGCUGAACACAACACAGUCAUUUUCUUUUAUAUUGGCCAUGGUGGUACGGUUGGCCCUUGUCAGGGUUUCCGGUUGCAGAGUGGAGAGGUUGUGAAGGCUCAGGAACUGUGUGACAAGGUUAUUUUUGAAAGAUGGCUCUACAUGGUCCUAGACUGUUGUGGAAGCCCUGGACAGAAGUGCUCUGCAUGGCAACCUCCGAUCAAAGUCGAUCACUCCAAUCCCGGUAGGGGUUGUUUGUUUGGUCCGAAAGAGGGACAACCACUUGCAAUGGUCAAGAUCUGGCAGUUGACCGACGCGGCGACAGGUGAUGGCCUCCGCAGUGUUUUCUCAUUCUACAUAGCAGAGGAGGCCAGGUCACGUAGAGAAGCAGGCGUGUGGCCAGCGGACAAAAACCAUGAAUGUCUACUCGAAUGCAUCAAAGCUGGAAUGAACCGUGCAAACGCCACGUUCCAAACACUCGGCUUGCCGUCGCGUGUGGAGUUCUUGACCCUUCGAGGAUGACCGAGGUUUGUAGGCCACUGACCACCUUGCAACACGUCUCCGACAGCGAGAGGGGACAAAA